AUGGGGGUGAGUCAAAACUAUGUUUGGGCCAUCACCAUCGGCGCCCUGCAAAAGCCGUAUUGCCACAGCGUGAUACUGACGGGUGGCGGCUGCUCCUGCUGGACCAAAUUCGGUGGGGAGAACUACCCCACGAAGUUGCCGAGAGUCUGCCGAGACUACGAGCAGGGACUGCAUUUCGAAGGGAUCCUGCGUCGGACCUUGAACGAGAAUAUUAGGGCGGACGCGGAUCCGCCGUGGUAUGUGUGUCCGGGCACGUUUUCCGCUCAUCUCAGCCGGUACGACUACCGCGCAAAGCAUGGCGUCGACUGCCACUCCGAUUUGAGCGCCCGCUAUGCGGAGUGCGAUCCGAUUACCAGUAUAUCCUGGGGGAUAAGGUCACUGCUUGGUGUUCGUCCCAACCCCAAGCUUACACCCAAGAAGUCUGCCGCGAGGUCCAACGAGAACGCGCCGGGCGCGUUCUUCUAUCAGCAGCGACCUGGGGACAUCACGAUAAUGACGGGGCGAUGA